AUGAUCGAAGGACAACGGUAUGAUAUAAAAGAGACAAUUGUCCAUCCAGAACAUAAAACAAUUGAUGUAGCAUUGAUAAUGUUAAGCAGACCAUUGCAAUUCAGUGAUAGUGUACAGCCUAUACAGAUGGCGCCAAGAAACUUGGCUUUGAAUUCUGGUGACAUGUUGAUGUCUAUGGGCUUUGGAAAAACCGAGAAAUUACCUAUAUCACCUGUUUUACUCAGCGUUAAGUUGCAAUAUGUCACCGAUAAAGAUUGUAAUGAAAUAUUUAAAAAAGAAAACCAUCCACAUAUCACGGAGCAGAUGAUGUGUGCAAGAGGAGUUAAGGGAGAAGGUUCCUGUAAAGGUGACAGUGGUGGUCCGCUAGUCCAUAACAACAUAUUAGUCGGUAUAGUCUCAUUUGGAUAUGAUUGCGGUACUCUUCCUGGAGUUUAUACUCGAGUCUCAGCAGUCCGGGACUUCAUUGAUACAACUAAGGAUAAAUUGAAUAAUGUG